AUGGCAGUUAUCUGUAACACCUGUGGCCUUCCAGAAGAUCUGUGCGCCUGCGAGGAUCUUGCUAAGGAUAGUACAAAGAUCAUAAUCCGCUUGGAGACCCGUCGCUUUAGAAAGAAGGGCACCAUGAUCGAGGGUUUGGAUCCCAAACUCAACAACCUUGAAGGUGUCGCCAAGGAGCUGAAGAACAAGUAUGCCUGCGGCGGAACCGCCAAGGAUGGCUACAUCUUUUUGCAGGGAGAUCACCGGGACACCAUCAGCGAGACGCUGAUAAAUCUGGGCUUCUCAGAGUCGUCCAUAGAGCUCCACUAG